UUUUAUUACAGUCCUUGAACGCAUCUUCCCAUCAGCUGUCCAAUCAGAUAGCAGAACGCCGGAGCGCGUGUGUUUCUCGCGCGAGGAGGUAGACGCGUGAACGAAGCGACUAGUUGAAAAUUUCUGCUCGUGUCGAGGUGAAGAGGAACAGGAAAUGCCAAAUCCAGGUGGACAGAUGGACAAACCUCCAGCCCCUCACACCAUGGAAAUCAUACUCCCCAAAGCGGUGAGGAGGCGCAUAAACGCCCUGAGGAAGCUGCAGGUACAGUGCGCUCACAUAGAGGCCAAAUUCUACGAAGAGGUCCACGAGUUGGAGCGGAAGUACGCAGCUCUCUACCAGCCGCUGUUUGACAAGAGACGAGACGUGGUCUCAGGAGCGGUGGAGCCCACAGACGAGGAGUGCGAGUGGCAAAGUGACCGGGAGGAGGAGGAGGAGCUUGCUGAGGAGCUGAAGGAAAAAGCUUCCCUUGAAGAAGCAAAGAAGGAGGAAGCCACGGCAGAAACAAAUCCCAAGGGAAUCCCGGAGUUUUGGCUCGCAAUUUUCAAGAGCGUUGACAUGCUCAGUGACAUGUUACAGGAACACGACGAGCCCAUCCUGAGACACCUGAAGGACAUCCAGGUCAAGUUUUCUGAGCCAGGGCAGCCAAUGAGUUUCACGUUAGAGUUCCACUUUGAGCCCAAUGGAUACUUCAACAAUGCAGUCCUCACAAAAGUCUACAAGAUGAAAUCCGAGCCUGAUGCGUCAGACCCCUUCUCCUUUGAAGGUCCAGAGAUCAUUGACUGUGAAGGGUGUCAGAUCGACUGGCACAAAGGGAAGGACGUGACGGUGAAAAUCAUCAAGAAGAAGCAGAAGCAUAAAGGCCGCGGCACCAUUCGCACCGUCACCAAACAAAUCGCCAACGAUUCCUUCUUUAACUUCUUUAACCCCAUCAAAGCUCCACCAAACGAAGAGCUGGACGAGGACUCUGAGUUAACUUUAGCCACAGACUUCGAAAUCGGUCAUUUCUUCCGCGAGAGAAUAGUUCCCAGAGCCGUCCUGUACUUCACCGGAGAAGCUCUGGAGGACGACGAGAGUUUUGAAGAGGAGGAGCUGGAAGAAGGAGACGAAGAGGAACAAGAGGAAGAAGCAGAUGAAGAUGAUGAUGAGGGAGACUUGGACCCCAAGAAGGAGCAGCCUCAGCCCGCCGAAUGCCAACAACAGUAACCGCAGCCACCCGGGAGGCGGAGUCCUGCCGUCCAUCAAGUCCAUGUUAGCCAAUCCACGGACCUCCUGCCCUAACAGGCUCCGCCCCUUCAUCUGAAUGCAAUAGGACGCUAAGCAGACGGCGUUUUUUCUGUGCAUGACUUCUUUCUCCUCCGUCGUUUUUAUUUUCCGUCACUGAAACUCCGGGCAGGAAUUGACUUGACCCCCCCCCCCGGGGGGGGACUUCUUCCUUUUUUUAAGGUGUGUUUUGUAAGGAGAGACGCAGGAAAUCAUCGUAACUUUUUGGAAAUGUUCAAUGUAACGUCAUAUUUAUUGUGGUGUCAUUCAACUGUUGGAGGAAUGUCUGUGGGGCCACUCCCCCCCCGCUCAGGAGGGCGGGGCUUAGCAUCAAAACUCUCCUUGUAUGCAGAGGUUCCAUCCUGCAGCAGACCUCCUGUGGUUUGUUAGUAGAUCUGAACACGGAAAUUACCCAGCAUCCUCUUUUCUAACAUCGUUUGCCAAUCGUCAUUAGCUCAAACUGAUCCGGCGUUUUGUUUCUGAAUGCAUCUCAUGUCGUCCAUCGGGGUGGAGCGUGAGGGAAAUGAAACGGGACAGGGUGCCAUUGAUUUUUACUGAGGGUUUCAGUUCCCCGGACGGCCCCCCCCUCCCUCCUGGUCACCACAAACCUACGAUUGUACGCGUCGGUGGACAGAUCUCAGAGCCGCGGCCCACACCUUCAAAUUUACCACAUGGACCGUGCGCCCGCCUUAACUGGUUCUUAUUCACAGUUUGUUACUCGCGCAAUAUUUCUUUUCAAUUUGUACAGUUAGUUAAAAUAUUCUAUUAAAGUUUGUGCAACAUGAA